AUGCAACGACUGAGGGAAAAAUCGGCAGCUCGACGGAAGGAUCUCGCUACUACGCUAGGCUUGAAAAGUGAAGAUGAGCUCAAUUCGGUUCUCAACUCCAAGUUAGACCAGCAGACGAGAUCGGUUCAAAAAAGCGAGACUGAGAAGAAAGAGACUGAAGUUGAGGAGGAAGCUACUUCAGUCAAAUCGGCUCCAAAGUAUACUGAUACGUCGACAUUUCUGAAAGGGACGAACUCAUUGAAUCCACACAAUGACUACUGUCAGAACUACAUCGAUACAGGCCAGUACCCGGCGAAUUACAUCCGAGACGUGUCAAUGGAGAAGCGAUUCGCUGAAUAUCCAAAGAUCAAAGACGUUGCGUUUCGACCUCUCCUAAUAUUUCUUUCAGUUGAUCUAAGAAGCUACAACCUGGAAGAUCUCGAUUGCCAGUUCGAUUCAAUCGUGAUCGACGCUCCCUUGGAAGAAUACAAGACGACCGCCCUAAGUGACGACAACUGGAAAUGGGAGGACAUCAUGAAAUUGAACAUCGAGGCGAUUUCGGCGCCACGAGGAUUCGUCUUCCUCUGGUGUGGCUCCACAGCUGGUCUCGAUUUCGGACGACAAUGCCUUCAGAAAUGGGGCUUCAGGCGCUGCGAGGACAUUUGCUGGAUCAAGACUAACCACACAAGAGUGCGCCAAAAGCCGCUGCAACCAACUGGCAUCUUCAAUCGGCUGAAGGAGCACUGUCUUAUGGGAAUCAAAGGCAUCAUCCGUCGAGCAACCGACGGCGAUUUCAUCCACGCCAAUAUCGACAUCGAUCUUCUCAUUGACGAAGAACGCGAAGUCGGCAACGACGAAAAGCCACACGAGCUGCUGGACAUUGUGGAGCGUUUUUGUCUUGGUCGUCGACGACUGCACCUCUUCGGCCGUGAUUCGUACAUUCGCCCAGGCUGGCUAACUGUCGGCCCCAAAGUCACCAAUUCCAACUUUUGCCCUACAGUAUAUAAAUCGCACUUCAAAGACAACCCGCUCGUCGUCACCACCGAGGAAAUCGAGCGCCUUCGCCCAAAAUCCCCACCAAUGAAACGCCCAAAACGCUAA